UCAGUUCAUGUCCUCACUUCACGAAGGACAGUUCUAUCCUCAAUUUUUCUUCAAAAAAAAAAAACAACAAAAAAUUCCCCAUACAAAACGCGCGUUUCUUGUGUAAAUUGUGAGGUGGUGUGUGUAUUCCAAACAAAACAAAAAAAGGAGUGAAAAAACCAAAAAAAAAUUCUCCCCCUUUUUCUGAAACGUUUAGCAAAAAAUAAAUUUAAAAAACCAGAAAAUUAAUAAUCUCACCCAAUUUAAUUCCCUAUUUGUAAAUUUCGAAAAAAGGUACAAAAAAAAAAUUGUUCAGUGGCUUUUGGUGGAAAAAAAAAUUUACUAUUUAAUUAAUUUUACGAAUUUGAAUUAGGGGGUUUAAAAAUUGUUUUUUUUUUGGGAGUAAAAGAAAACGAUUUGGAAAAAAAGGGUUUUUUUUUUUUUUUGGGUAUUUUGAAAAGUGUUUCUGGUGGUGAAUUUCUAAGUGUAUAUCAAGUUUUUUUUCAAUAUAUAUAUGUAAAAGUAUGUAUAUAUAAAUGUGUCUAUCAUCAGUGUAUGUGUAUGCACCUUUUGGUUGCAUCGUUGUUUAUAGCGUUGGGGGUUUUGCGCCUCUCUUCGUCCCGUCACUGGCAUUGAAGAAGAGUGAGAGAGAGAAAAAGAGAGAAAGAUAGAUAUAUAGAAAGCAAGUGAGAGUGAGUGAGACAAAGAAGAGAAGAGAAGAAGAAGAAGCAAAAGCGAGAGGGAGUUGGUGAGUGUGCAUGCGGGGCUAAAAUGGCGCUCGCAGUCGUCCAAGCACCUCUAUCGACCGUGACAAAUAAUUUAGCACUUGCUCUCACAUAAACGAGCCACAAAAAAAAAAGAAAAAAAUUCCCACCCCCCCUCAAAUCCCUUUCGAAAGUGAAUUUCUCAUUAAAAUCAGUGAAUAAAUGAAGAAAAAUUCAUCAUUUCUGUGAAUAUUUUUUGAUCUUCAAAAUAAAUUUUUUUGUUUUGUUUCAGUAAAAGUGCAUUGGAUUUCAGUGUUUUCAGUGUUUAAAAAAAAUUGUUUUCAUUUUUGUGAGGAUAUAGAAAAAAAAGGUGUGGAAAGUUCAAUUGGAUUUUUUGGAGUAGUGACAGGAAUUUCCUUUUUUUCUGUGGAAGGGAGUAAAUAAAAAAAGGAUUACUGUGAAGAAUUGGUAAACAAAAAUUAGUGUUAGUGAAAAUAGUGAUAAGUGUUUUUUUUAUUUGUGAAUAAAAAUUAAAAAAAAAAGAUGAGGCAUCCUCAUUGAAUGAGUGUCCUUCAAAAAAAUAGUUGAAAGGGUGGUAGAUGCGUGCACGCGUCAAGAGGACGUCGUUGUUGUGGUCCAUAACGGAGGGAAGUGAAUUUGAUCUCAAAACCGGGGGGGUUUGCCUAGAUUAUAGGGAUGAGAUGAGGAGAAAAGAGUGAGUGAGCGAGAGGGGGGUGAGCCUCGAGGCGAUCGAGAGGAGGAGGAGGAACCCCGGCCUAAGUUGCCGGGUAAGGCUGUGCAGUUUUUGAAGAAUAGCACCCAUCAAUAUGGCGGGUGCAGGCCUCUUCUUCAGCAGCAGCAGCACCUGUGUCGCCGCCCAUCUUCUAUUAUUAUUGCUUCUUCUAUUUUCCCCACGAGCGACACGUGCAGAACAAGUCGUUCUCUUGGACACAACGACGGAGGAGAGCUUGGAAUGGACACGUUACCCCUAUGGACCACAAGCGAGCACACCCGGCUGGGUUGAGGAGUCGUUCACCAACUUCGACAAGGGAAUCAACUGGAGGAGUUAUGUGGUCUGCGAUGUUGCUUACAAUAAUGUCAACAAUUGGCUAUGGACGCCAUUUAUCGAAAGGGGACCAGCCAAUAGAAUGUACAUCGAAAUAAAAUUCACAACAAGAGACUGUUCAUUAUUCCCUGGUAAUGCGCUUAGUUGUAAGGAAACAUUUAGUCUUCUUUAUUAUGAAUUUGAUGCGGCAACUAAGGAGCCACCGCCAUGGGAACCUGAUAGUUAUAAACUAAUUGGUCGUAUUGCCGCUGGCGAGGGUCGUUUCAAUACAAAUACAGAAGUAAUAAUCAACACCGAAGUAAAAUCAAUUCCAGUGACAAAAAAGGGUGUUUAUUUUGCAUUUCGCGAUCAAGGUGCAUGUAUCUCGAUUCUAGCCAUUAAAGUCUACUAUAUAAGUUGUCCCGAGGUAUCAGUGAAUUUCGCCCAUUUUCCAAAAACACCAACUGGCCGUGAAGUUGCACUCAUUGAACAGGCAAAAGGCACAUGCGUGGCUCACGCUGUUAAAAUUGAACAACCAACUUUUCUUUGUAAAGGCGAUGGUAAAUGGUAUUUACCAGCUGGUGGUUGUCAUUGUAAACCAGGAUUUCAAGCUGACGCCGAAAAACAACAAUGCAAUCAAUGUCCAAUUGGACGUUUUAAACAUGAAUCAGGCUCAAAUCAAUGUGAAUCAUGUCCAGCUCAUAGUAAAGCGCCCGAUUAUGGUUUCACUGAAUGUCGCUGUGAUGCGGGCUAUUUUCGUGCUCCUGAUGAUCCUAAGAAAAUGCCAUGCACACAACCACCAUCGGCACCACAAAAUCUCACUGUAAAUUUUGUCGAUCAAUCAACAGUAAUAUUAUCAUGGAAUUCACCUCAUUUAUUGGGUGGACGAAUUGAUACAACAUAUCGUGUUGUUUGUGAUUCAUGUAGUUCAGGCGUUAAAUAUAUACCAACAAAUACAGAAUUAUUUAACGAGACAAAAAUUACAAUUACCGAUUUAAAUGCAGUGACGACAUAUCGUUUUCAAGUAUUUGCAGAAAAUGGCGUAUCACAAAUGGUGGGAAAAAGUGAAUACGUUGAUAUUACAGUGACAACGGAGGCGAGUGUUCCAAAUCUUGUCAGUAAUGUGAGAAUUACAAGUGUCAAGAGUAUGGAACUUAGUAUUAGUUGGGAUGCGCCUGUUGCUGAUAUUGCUGGCGAUAGUGAUUUGGUCGAACGUUACGAAGAGCCUCUCUUUUUAGUGAGAUGCUAUCCGCACACGAAUGACGCGUCAAAUGCAACUGUCAUUGAAACUUCGGAUCUCUCAGCAACUAUCAAGGGUCUCAAGCCAGGAACAGAAUAUGCUCUUCAAGUUAGAGCUAAAACUACAAGAGGUUGGGGCGAGUACACGCGGGUGAUUUACAAAAAAACACCCCAUGCAAUGGGACUCGAUUAUGUUGGAGACGAAGACAAUAUGCAAGUGCGAAUAAUUGCCGGAGCAAUUGUUGCUGUCGUCGUUCUACUUGUCAUUAUUAUUAUAAUGACUGUUCUGUUCCUCAGAAGCAGGGCCUCUGACGAAUGCAACAAGAAGCAGCCAAGUGACUGUGACACAUUGGAAUACAGAAAUGGCGAAGGACUAGUUGUGACCUACAUGCACUGCAAAACGGACAGUUCACCGAUUGUAACAACCCACACAAAUAAGACAAAAUCGUCGUUGACGACUCCUCUCUUCACACCUGCAGUGGGAGUUGCUGGCGCGGGUGCUGGUGGUACAGGGGGCGCAAGCUCCCGAAGUUACGUUGAUCCCCACACUUACGAGGAUCCAAAUCAAGCAGUUCGAGAAUUCGCACGAGAAAUUGACGCUGGAUAUAUUACGAUAGAAGCAAUUAUAGGUGGAGGUGAAUUUGGCGAUGUUUGCCGUGGUAAAUUGAAAUUACCACCUGAUGGUCGAUCGGAAAUCGACGUCGCAAUAAAGACUUUGAAGCCGGGCUCAGCCGAUAAGGCGCGUAACGACUUCCUGACUGAAGCAUCGAUAAUGGGUCAAUUUGAGCAUCCAAAUGUGAUAUUUCUUCAGGGUGUGGUGACCAAAAGUAAUCCAGUAAUGAUUAUCACUGAAUUUAUGGAGAAUGGUAGUCUCGAUACAUUUUUACGUGCAAACGAUGGUAAAUUUCAAGUAUUACAACUUGUUGGUAUGUUACGCGGUAUUGCCAGCGGUAUGCAAUAUUUAGCGGAAAUGAAUUAUGUACAUCGCGAUUUGGCCGCAAGAAAUGUACUCGUUAAUGCUGCACUUGUUUGUAAAAUUGCCGAUUUUGGUUUGAGUCGCGAGAUCGAGAGCGCGACCGAAGGAGCGUACACGACAAGGGGUGGCAAAAUCCCAGUACGAUGGACAGCACCGGAAGCAAUAGCGUUCCGUAAAUUUACGAGUGCAUCCGAUGUUUGGAGUAUGGGUAUCGUUUGUUGGGAGGUUAUGUCAUAUGGAGAGAGGCCAUAUUGGAACUGGUCUAAUCAGGAUGUGAUAAAAUCCAUUGAAAAAGGUUAUCGACUACCAGCGCCAAUGGAUUGUCCCGAAGCAAUUUAUCAAUUAAUGUUGGAUUGUUGGCAAAAGGAGCGUACACAUCGGCCGACAUUUGCCAAUUUAACACAAACAUUGGACAAACUUAUACGCAGUCCUGAUACAUUGAGAAAAAUCGCCCAAAACAGGGGUACAAAUCCACUGGCGCCGGACGCAGUGGACUUGACGCAAUUGACAUCCGUCAAUGAAUGGUUGUCAUCAAUAAAAAUGUCACGCUACGCUGAAAGUUUUGAAAGGGCGGGAGUGACGACACUCGAGGCAGCGGCCAGAGUCACCGUUCAAGAAUUAACGGCAUUGGGCAUCACUCUCGUUGGUCAUCAGAAGAAAAUAAUGAAUAGCGUCACUGCAUUGCGCGCUCAAAUGUCCGCCACAUCGCAAGGAUUUCUCGUUUAGUUGUUUCUUUCGAUUUUUUUUCCCUUCUUCAAAAAAUUCAAAUUCAAAAAAAAACAUUUUUUAUUCAAAUUUUCGGGGAAAAAAAAAAUUUUUUUCAUUCAAAUUUUCCGAAAAAAAAAAUUUUUUUUUUAAAUUCAAAUUUUUAAAGGAAAAGAAUUUUUUUUUGAAUUAUUUUCAAAAAAAAAAAAAUUUUUUUUUUUGAAUUCUAAUUUUCAAAAAAAGUUUUUUUAAAAAUUAAAACAAAAAAAAAAUUCUUUUUGUCUUUAAAUUCGAAAAAAAUCGAAAGAAAUGAUUUUUGAAAAAAGGGGAGAAAAUUGAAAUAAAAAAAAAUACUUAGCAAGACAAAUGACAUUUUGUACAAAAAAAAAAUCUUAAUACGCAAUUCUAUAUAAGAUGAUCUAUAUAAAGAGUGCAUUUUGCCGCUCGAUUAGAAAAUACUAUAAAAAAAAAAAAUUAAGAAAAAUCUUCCACGGGGUGGAAGUAUUGAAGAAACAAUGAAAGUCUCUUAGAACAAGGCCUAAGGGAGAUUAAAAAAAAAAAAAAACGAGAAAGAACAAAAAAAAACUCUGCAUCGAAUGCAAAAUUUUAAUCGUUUCAAAUUCUGCUCUCCCCUAAAGUGAGUUUAAUUUUUUUUUUCCCAAAAAAAGAAAAUUAAUUUUCCUUUCUUUUAGAAAUGAAACAAAAUUUUUUUUUAAAUUUUACACAAAUACAAAAAUUCUUUUUAAUUGCAAAAAAAAAAUUUUUUUUUUUUUGAAAAAUAAAUUAAUUUCAGCGCUCAAAUUUGAGUGUUUAAUAUACGUAAAAUUACAUUUUGAGCGCUAAUUUUUAGUUGCUACUUAAAUAGUAGUUAAAUAGUACUUAACUAGUAUUUAAAAAAAUUUUCCGCAUUCAAUUUGAGCGCUGAAAUUCUUUUUUGAGCUCUCAAAUUCGAGCACUUAAAUUUUUACCAAAAAAUUACAUUUUGAGAGUUGCAAUUUUUUUUGCACAUUCAAUUUGAGUGUUAUAAAAAAAUUUUAGCUCACAAUUUGAGCGUCUGUGCUCAAAAAUUUUUUCCCAGCGCUCAAAAAUCGAGCGUUUAAUUUAUUUUUGACGCUGAACUUUGAGCGAUUAUAAGUUACAAAAAAUUUUCAUUUUGAGCGCUAGUGCUCAAAUUUUUCCCAACGCUCAAAAAUCGAGAGUUUUUCUUUUUUUUCACGCUGAACUUUGAGCGAUUAUAAGUUACAAAAAAUGUUUACAUUUUGAGCGCUAGUGCUCAAAAUUUUUCCCAGCGCUCAAAAAUCGAGCGUUUAAUUUUUCUUUAACGCUAAACUUUGAGCUCCGAUAAAUUUUUCAAAUAUUACAAUUUUGAGCGAUUGUAAAUUUUUCUAAACGCUCAACUAAAUUUUUUUUUAUUUUCCAAUUUUUGUGCGCAUUUUUCUUUAAUAUUUGACAAAAAAAAAAUUUCUUAAUCCACGUCAAAAAAAAAACAUUUUUUUUUAUUUCACAAAAAAAAAAAAAAAAAAAACUCAUUUUGGAGGGAACUAAAUUUUUUGGGCAGAAACUUGAAAACGAUGCGAUCCUUCCCAGUAAAUAGAGUGUAUUUAGUCGUAGAAAAUUUCUAUUAAUUGUUAUUACUCGUCGAUUAAAAGAAAGAAAGAAAAAUUAAAUAAAUAUACAAAAAAACACGAUUACGCGCGAAACAACUCGUAGGAUCUCGUAAUUUAUAUAUAUAUAUAUUAUAAAAAAAACCGAAAAAAAAUAAUGAAUUAUCAAAGGACGCGACACCUUGAUAAUUUUUUUCUUUUUUCCAAGGAAAAAAAUUUUUUUUUUUUGCCUGCGUUUUAUUAAAAAAAAAAGCGCCAAACAAAAACACGAAAAGAAAAAAAUGAUACUUAAAAGAUUUUGAUAUCUUUUUUUUUUUGUGAGUCGCGUCACUUUUUCCUCCUCAAAUUUUUUUUUCCUCCUCUUUUGCCCGCAAAAAAAAAGAUUCUUUGUAAAAGAAAAAAAAUUUAUUUUUAUUCUUCUUUUUAAAAAAAAGAGGAUUUUAGUCAUGAAAAUUAGUCUUCGUUUUUAAGGUAUUAGUAAAAAAUAGAAGAGAGUUUAUUUAUCGAAAAAAAUUAUUAUUAUUAUUAUUAUUAUUAUUAUUAUUAUUAUUAUUAUUAUUAUUGUAUUAUAUAGUAGAAGAAAAUUUUUCGUUUUCGAAAAAAGAAUUCUUUUAUAAGAAUUUUUUUUUUACUGGGCUUAGAGGAGAAAAAAAAAGUCUAAUGUAAAAAAAAUAUACAUGAAUUUUUAUCACUGCCGAGAACUUGACUUUAUUAAUUAAUAUGUAUAGAGAAAAAAAGGAAACAAAAAAAAAAAAAAAAGAAUUUUAUUAUACAAGACUUUAAUGCAACGAUGGAAAUGCGACCCCGGUUUUUUCGUUUUUUUUUUCAAAUUUUUUUUUAUUUUUAUACGCAAAGGGCCUAAGCAAAUUUUUUUUUUUUUUUGCAAAACAUCGAAUUCUGACUCGCGUGUUUUUUCAAAAGAAUUCAAAAGAGAGAGAAAGAGAAAAUAGAAAAAAAAAUAAUUUUUUUACGAAGAGAAUUUUUUUUGAAAUUUUCCAAAAUAGGGGACAAAAAGCAAAAAAAAGAGGUAAAAUUAGAAUAAAAAAAAAUUCCCAAAAAUUUUAGUUUUUGUAUUUAUAUUUUUAUCAAAAAAAAAAAAACUUGAAAUUUAACUUCUUAUAAAUUUUGAAAUACAUAUUUUGACGUUUAUAAAUUAGAAAAAAAUUUACAUUUUUGAGCCGCAUAAUUUUGGAAAAUUCUCUUCCAUUUAUGUGAUAAUAAUACUCUUAAAAAAAAAAAAUAUAUAUAUAUAUAUAUAUUAAAUUUCGUUAACAAAAAAAAAAUGCUUUUUGCAGUAAAUAACUAACGCUCAGUGCUUAACUAAAAAACAAAAAAAUAAAUAAUAAAUUUUUUUUUCUUAUGAAACAAAAUAAAUGAACAAAAAUAAAGUGCAAAAAAAAAAAAAUUUUUGCGUUUAUAGUAUUUCGAAAGCAAAAAAAAUGUGCCAAGAGAUACAAUUAAUUUCUUUUUUUUCGAAUGUAAGUGAGUCUAAAAUCUGCGAGAUACUCAAAAUGCUUAAAAAAAAUAUAUAAAUAUAGGAGAAAAAAAAGGAAAAAUAGAAAUAUGAAAUAAUCACAAAAGUGGAAAAUUUGUUUAUAAAAAGUGAUAGAAGUGCAAUUUUUUUUUUUUUUUUUUAAGUAAAUAAAAAGCGGGUAAAUGAAAGUUUACGAAACGAUCAAAGAAACUAAAAAGUCAAAGACGUAAAAAAACAAAAAAAAAAUAAUAAUAAUAAUAAUUAAAAAAAAGACAGUAAACAGAAACAGAAAUUCUAAAUUUUUUGCAAAAUAUUUUCUUUUUUCUCGUAAUUGAAAAUUUGUGUUCCUUUUUGAAAAAUUAAAUUAAUUAUUAAAAAUUAAAUUAUUAAUUAAUUAUUAAUUAAUAAUUUUUAAAAUAAUUUAAUUAAAAAUAAUUAAAAAAAUAUAAAUUUGGGGAAAAAUAUAUAAAAAAGAAAAUAUAAAAUAAUAAUAAUAACAAUAAUUAUAAUUAAAAAUAAAAUCGAAACAAAAUCCCUACAAUAAAAUUUAUGCUUUGUUCUCAUUAUAAUAUAUAAAGAGUGUGUUGAAUUUCAAUUUGCAUUCUUUAUGCAUAAUAAUAUUUUAAAUCACGUUGAUGCGUUCUGCGACAUUUUAUAUUAAUUAUAUAAAUAUAUUAAAAAAAAAAAGAUGAGAUUUUGUUGACAACAUAUCAAAUUAUCUCGAGAUAGUAAAAAAAAAAAAACUAUGGAUGGAGAAAAAAACAAAAAAAAAAAGUACGCGAAUGGGAAUUCAUGAAAAAAAAAUUUCGAAUUAUUUAUUAUUAUUAAAAUAUUGUUAAAUACCAAAUAAAAAGAAAUACAAUUAUCAAUAAUAAAUUAUGAAAAUAAUUUUUAAAAAUAAUUAAUUAAUAAAUUAAUUAAAAUAAAUUUUCUAAUUCUUUAAAAAUAUAAAAAUUCAUUUUUUUAUAAAAAAGAAAAAAAAAUUUUUCGCAAAAUUUUACGAUUUUUUUUCGAAAAAAAAAAAAAAUAUUGCCUCAUUUUUCGCUGUCGUUUUCUUCAAUUUUGACGACACUUUUUUUUUUUAUUUUUGCUUCUUUAUUUUAUUUUCCAAUUAAAAAAAAAAAAAAAUCAAUACGUAUCUAAAUUAUACUCAAAAUACAAAAAAAAUCUACAUAUUUUGAAUUUAAAAAAAAAAAUACCCGCAAAGAGAGCAAAUACAAAUUUUUUAUAUAAAGAAUGUUAAAAAAGAAAAUUUCAGAAAAUUAAUUAAUUAUCAAUAGCGCUAUCUCUUUCUAAGUGUUUGUGCUAUAAGAUUUACGAAACUAAAAAAAAAAACGAAUAAUCCAAAAGACUGCGUUGUAAGCAUUUUUUUUUAAACUUAAAUUUGUGCAAAAAAAUUCAAUCCAAUUUAUGAUUGAAAUUUGAAAAAAAUCUAUUAUUAUUAUUAUAUUAUUAAUUAAAUAAUAAUAAUAAUAAUAAUAAUAAUAAUAAUAAUUUAAUUGAUUAAUUUAGCAAUAAUAUUUAAUUAAUUAAAUUCAUAAUAAAUAAAUUUAAUUAAUUAAAUUACUAAUAAACUGAUUAAAUUAAUUAAAUUAAUAAUAUGCAAUAUUUUAUAAAAUAAUUAAUUAAUUGCAAUUGUAACAAUUUCUAGAAAUUCUAUUUCGAUUGAUUCCUUCAAAAAAGUAAAAAAAAAAUGAAUCAAAAAAAUUUUUUCUCUAAAGAAAAAAAAAAAAAAAAAAUGCAAAACAUUUCUUGUAGAAAAUUAUUAUUAUUAUUAAUUAUAAAACGUGAAAAAUAAAAUGAGAACUGAUUUUUUUUUCCUAAGGGAAGGAGAAAAUCGAUAGAUGCCUCACACAAACAAUUUCUACUUAAUUCCAUAUAUAAUUAUCGCCUUUGUACUACUAUUUAUUAAACAAAAAUUAUAUAAAUAUGUAUUUAUUAUUUAGGGAUCUGACUAAAUUAAAAAAAAUGUUCUUUUAUUAUUAUUAUUAUUAUAAAAAAUAGGAUUAUCGAUGAGAGAGAAAAAGAGGCAAAAAAAGUCCUUUUUCUUUUUUUUUUUUGGAGUUUUUCAAAAAAAAAAACUCCACUCUGUAUAAAUAAAAAAUAAAUAAAUAAAUAAAAGCGAACAUGAUCGUCGAGUCGAUAAAAAAUAAUAUUAAAAUAGUUUAAGCGUUUAUUAAAACCACGUACGCGCGCAUUUAUUAUUUUUUUUUUUAACUACUUUUUUAUUUUAUUUUAUUUUUUAGAGCGAAACUCUUUUGCCAAAGUACCUGCUUCGGAAUGAUGAAAAAAAAAACCAAAUUAUAAUUUUUUUUCGAAAAAAAAAACAGGUACCGUCCGGUGUACAUCGCUUCAUAAAAAAUACGUUUUUUUUCAAAUUAAAACGUAUUUUUUCUAAUUUUUUUUUUUUAGUAUAAUUAUACAUAUAUAUAUAUAUACAAAUACUUCGCCAGAAUGAUUUUUCCAAUUAUUAUGGUCGUGUCUUGAAUAAUAAUAAUAA